CAGGAGGACGGAGGCGCGUGGAGAAGGGACCGCGACAACAACAACAACAACAACAACAACAACAAGUGCCCGUUCGGGGCGGCCCCGAUGGAGCCAGCGGGGGACGGACAGCGGCGCUUUUUUUCUUCUUCUUUUUUCUUUUUGCUCCCGAUGGAGUCAAACCUCUGGGAAAAAAAGAUCUACCAACGAAGCUGCUUCUCCUCUUCCUGUGACAACGGCAGGCUCAAAAAGGAGGCAUCGCCAAGUCAAUUUAUUUAAUUGAGUGGUGGUGGUGGCUGAAUCGGAAACCAGUAAAAUGGGAGCCAAAGGUCAGAAGUUGCGGGCGAAGACGCCUCACAACCACUGAAAUGGCAACCGGCUUGCAUUUGCCAAAACUGCAGAGAUGUAAAUGGUCAAUUGGACUUGUGCUCUGAAGCACCCAUGGCAUGUAUGGAGAUCUUGCAAGUCACCAGAGAGGGAGUUCCAUCCGCUGAGUGCCACGGUGUAGGUUGGAGUUUGCAUGCUACAUCAUCAUGCCAGGGCCGGCCUGAUGAAAAUGGGACGAAGAAUAGAUUCCUAGUUAUGACUGCCGAAUGCUGCGAGCAGCAUUGUAAAGCUGCUGAACAGGAAGCCAAGGAAGAACUUGCUCAGCCUUCUCUCGCCCUCCUUGCGGUAUCAUCGUUGUCCCCAGAAAUUACGGCAGCUGGUCAUCUCAUCUGCUCCAACUUUUCAAAGGAAGAGAAGGAGACCGCCUGCAAAAAUGCCUGUUGCUGUGAAUCGGAGACAUCCUUCACCUGCGUGGAUGAAAACACCAACCACCUCAAUCACCCAGGGAGUCUUGCAUAUGGUAGCUGUUGCCAAGACCAAGAGUUCCUUCCCCAUCCUGACCCUGACACAGAGAUGCCUUCAGAAUGGCCCUACGAUCCACCUUCCUUAAUGUCCGAGGAAGAGGAUGAUGCUGGCUCCGAAACUGCUGGUGGAAAAUCUAUUGAUUAUAGCUUCAUCAGUGCCAUCUUGUUCUUGGUCACUGGGAUUUUGUUGGUGAUCGUUUCCUAUGUGGUGCCCAGAGAUGUAACUGUGGAUCCCAGCACAGUGGCAGCACGGGAGAUGGAGCGCCUAGAGAAGAAGAGUGCCCGGAUUGGGGCUCACCUAGAUCGGUGUGUAAUUGCUGGGCUCUGUCUGUUGACCCUGGGAGGUGUUGUGUUGUCCAGUUUACUGAUGAUGCAAAUGUGGAAAGGAGAACUCUACAGGAGGAACCGAUUUGCAGCUUCCAAGGAGUCAGCCAAACUGUAUGGAUCUUUCAAUUUCCGAGUGAAAUCCUCUACAAGUGAUAAUAUGGAGUUAUCACUCGUGGAAGAGGAAGCUCUUGCUGUAACAAGUUAGCCUGGCCUUGAUAUAAUGAAGCAGCAAAAAUGGGUGUAGGGGAUAACUUGCAUUAAAUGGAAGCAAAGGAUCCUUAAAACAGCUAGCGCUACUGACAAAAGCGCCUUUGCCAACACAUCAAAAGGAAAUUUUGCAUUAUAAAGAUGUAUCAUAUUAAACAGGGAAAAAGAAAAGAGAUCGCGUUCAAAGUAGGUUCUACAGGUAGUCAUUGGCUUCCAACCAUGCAUUUAGUCACCCUUCAAAGUUACCCAAAAAAAUUGAUUUAUGACUAAGUUUUUCACACAACUGUUGCCGUAUUCCCACGGUCACAUGAUCAAAAUUCAGGCACUUGGCAACUGGCAUGUAUUUAUGACUGUUGCACUGUCCUGUUUUCUUGUGAUCAUCAUUUGUAACCUUCCCAACCAGCUUUUGACAAGCAAAGUCAAUACUUAACAACUCUGGCAAAAAAAAAAAAAGGUUGUAAAACAGGGUGCAACUCACUUAACAAUUGCCUUGUUUGCCAACAGAAAUAUUGGGCUUACUUGUGGUCAUAAGGCGAGGACUACCUGUACUGUCUGUAGCAGGGGUCUCCAACCUUGGCAACUUUAAGACUUGUGGACUUUAAUUCCCAGAAUUCCUCAGCCAGCAAAGCUAGCUGAUGAAUUCUGGGAGUUUAAGUCCACUGGUCUACAGAAAGUGUAUAGCUGUCUUGGUGUUCAUAGAAACCAGCUAUGGUGAAUUUCCAAGCACGUGGACUUUGAAGGAAGCUUUAUUCAGAAUUUGUGAUAGUCAGCAGGGUGGUACCACAUUAAACUCUACAUUAUCAGACUGCAACAGCUAUUUCAUUUAUUUAGUUACUUAUUCAUAAGAUUGAUAUUCCAACUCUUAUCCAGGACUCCAGCUUCCAAUUGUACCCCACAUCAUCAGUUCCAUGAGGCUUACAUCAAAUUCAGCUACAGAGUUUUCCAUGAUUGAGAAUGGACUUGAACCUUGGGUCUCCUAACCCUAGUUUAGCCCCUUAGCCAUUACACCAUGAUGGCUACUCUUGUAACCAUCAGACAAGGCCAUGUGGGAAUUGCAUUUAUUAUGAGCUGCAAAUUCAGUUUUGUGGAACCAUUUUGGGGCAUUAGGGAAACAAAAAUGCUGCUCUUGAAUCUCUAUCUAGACCUACUAUUUCAGUUUCCCACACAAUGAUGCUAUGCUGAAGAUAUUGGAGGAAACGGAAGUGGCAACGUGAAGAGUUAGGCAAGAUAUUGUGAGUCUUGUUGGGUUGUUAGGAUUCUAGCAAUUACUCUUGGGUGCUGGAUUCUGUCAGUGGCCCUGAUGCGUUAUAUGGGCCCUCUGUUCACUUGCAUACUGUCUUAAAUAUAUGAAGAGGCCAUCCCUGAUUGACAUCAUAUCAUUGCAGAGCAAGCUGGAUUGUGUAGAAAGUCAAGAGUGGUUCUCUAUUGUUCAGAAGACUGGGCAUGAGAGAAUUCAAGUUACAGGAACUCAAAUUCUGAUUGAAUAUUAGGAAACUAAACACCUAAGUAUUAAAACAGUUGGAAAUUAGAAUCAGUUAGCCAGAGAAGUUCACUUUAUUCCAAAUUAAUGUCAGAGGGUGGUGGUAAGGUGGAAUAGAGGCUCUGUGAUCUCAGUCAGUUGUUCCAAUUCUAUAUUACCAUAAUUUUUGGAGCAUAAGAUGCACCGAAGUAUAAGGCGCACCCUAGUUUUUGUGGAGGAAAAUAAGAAAAAAGCUGAUUGGUGGAUAGAUCGGCCUCCCGGAAUACCCCCAAUCAGCUGUUCCCAGAAGUGAAUUUUAGCAACAAGUUCUUUGGUUGUGAGCUCUGUGCCUUGCUUUUUCUUCUACCUAUGAAAUUUCUGAAACUCUGUUUCAGAAAAAACUUUUUUUCUACCCCUGAAAGCCUCCGAAACAGCUUCAGAAAAAAAGCCUUUUUUUCUGAAGCUCUGUUUGGAGGCUUUUUUUCUGAAGCUUCUUUCAGAGGCUUUUAUUCUGAAGGACUAUCUCUUCUUUGAUAUAGAACCAGUGCGAACU